CCUAAUUCUUGCUGGAAUUGUCUUUUUGCUGAAAGACGAGAAACAGGUGCUGCCCCCUAUUGAUUGUGUACCUGGUCUAAGUGUGUCGCCAUGGCAACGGACAACAAUCAAUAUGGCCACUGAUAUGUAAAUGUUGGCAGUGCAGCGUGGAAGACCAUGACCGAUGGAUGAGGAAGAACCGCGAUGAACCGGUACAUCACCCUGAACCAGCUGGGGGACGGUACUUACGGCUCUGUGGUGCUGGGGCAGCGGAUAGACACAGGCGAGAAGGUGGCCAUCAAGAGGAUGAAGAGGAAAUACAAAUCAUGGGAAGAAGCCAUGAAUUUGAGGGAAGUAAAGUCCUUAAAGAAACUGAGCCACGCCAACGUUGUCAAAUUGAAAGAAGUCAUCAGAGAAAAUGACACAUUAUAUUUUGUAUUUGAAUACAUGAAGGAAAACCUAUAUCAAUUAAUGAAAGACAGAGACAAGUAUUUCCCCGAGCCUGUGUUACGGAAUAUUCUCUACCAAGUACUGCAGGGCCUCGCCUUCAUGCACCGACACGGGUUCUUCCAUCGAGACAUGAAGCCUGAGAAUGUUCUGUGUUGCGGGCCUGAACUCGUCAAGAUUGCGGACUUUGGAUUGGCCAGAGAAAUCAGAUCAAAUCCUCCAUACACAGACUAUGUUUCCACAAGAUGGUACAGAGCUCCAGAAGUUCUACUCCAUUCUACUGUCUACUCCAGCCCUAUAGACCUGUGGGCCGUCGGGUGUAUGAUGGCUGAACUCUACACCUUCCGGCCGUUAUUCCCGGGCAACAGCGAGAUCGACCAGAUAUUCAAGAUUUGCUCUGUUCUUGGAACUCCAGAUAAGAAGGAGUGGUACGAGGGCCAUCAGUUGGCUUCCAACAUGAACUUCAAGUUUCCGCAAUUCCGUCGCACGCCACUUGGGUCGCUGAUCCCUCACGCAAGCCGAGACGCUAUCAUUCUGUUGGAGGCCUUGCUGCACUGGAACCCUGCAAAGAGACCGACGGCGCAACACGCUCUCAGACAAGCGUAUUUCCAAGUGGGAGGAAAGCUGAGUGGUAUGGUUCCGGACGAUCGACUGAGGCCGCAGUACCUCAACCAAUCACAGAGCAGAGCCUCCGUCAAGAUGUCGUCUCACGUCACACUCAAUGAGAAAGAUCUCGUAAGCCUGCUUAGUGGUGACAAGGGGAUGAAGGAGAACCGAGGGUGGUAUGGAGGUGUCGGGCCGGCGCCGAGGUCAAAGAAGAUGUCGGCAAAACAGCACUACCUCUCCGUGGCCCGCUAUGUAGCUGGUCAUCCUAUUACUUUCGUCAAUAAUGAGCAAUAUCAAAAAAAGCCUCUAGCGGCACGACAGGACGUGUUCGCUCACAACAAGUUGUACGCUGGAGGCAACAAUCCUACGACGGGACGAGGGCGAGUCCACGGCCGAACAGACUGGGCCGCCAAGUAUCUCAAAUGAACCUAAACUUCAAUUUCGACCAAUGUAAAUAAUUUAUUUCAUCCUUUGUAAGCUAUUUGUCUGAAUAAAAAUGUGUAAAACCAAAUCAAA